GUAGGACAACCUCCUGCUUAUCCUCCUACUCAAACUUAUGCUCAGGCAGUAUAUGCCCCCUCGGCGCCUCCACUUUCCCAAGCCCCCCCUGCGCCCUCUCCGCAACGCUCUUCCUCCCCAACUUCCUCCACCUCGAAUGCGAUUGUUCCCUUUCGCCCCAACUCCAUGCCGGUCUCGGCUGCUGUACCUUGGGUACCACGUCAACGGAACCAUGACGGUGAGGUGGUUUCGCUACUCCGGGAACUUAUCAACGAUAGAAGGGAAGAGAAGGAUAGAAGGCGUGAGGAGGAGGAACGACGAAGAAAGGAGGAACAAAGCAGGAUUGACAAGGAGGAAGAGAGAAAGCGACUUGAGGAGGAAGAGGCGCGGCAAGCUGAGAAGGAAGCUCGAAUUACGAGAAUCAUUAACUCCAAGAUGGAGGAACUCGACAGACAGCAUCAGGCAAGAACCGAGGAAGAAAACAGGAAGAUCUGGAAGGAGAUCGAACGCGUGGUAGGAGAACCAUCACGCAGCAAACACGGGAAGGAACCAGCUAUGGAAGAAGGAGAGAAUCGCAUGCUCUCACAACAGAAGAUUGAAGGAUCCCCUCCAUCUCUCCCAGCUCAAGGCAAAGCUCGCAUUACUGAACCUGCGUGGCGUGGACAUCUCUCGUCUUUAGUCGCCGACCUUCUUCUCAUGGAAAUAGACAACGUCCAACGUACUCAGGACACGCAAUUCGGGAUCAUACGCCAUCCAAGUUCAUCUAAAGGUCGUGUGGACGAGAACACGACUCCUGGCGGUAACCGGUUUUCUGCUAGACUCGCCGGCAUGUUCGCCUCUGUUGCUGGUAAUGCGGCAAGAAGAAGAUCACGCUCGGUUUCACCUGCCAGACGUGCUGUGGUCGAUGAACCUCUGGGAUUCAAUCGUGUGAUCCCUGGAAAGAAGGCUGCGGUAGCUUCCUCCGGGAAAGAUGGCCGUAAGAAGUACUUUGAGGAUCUGAAGAAGGAACUGCUCACGAAGACCAAGUACCAACUGAAAUCGCUUUGCAAGGCUGACAAGAUCAAGUACUAUAACAAGAAGCAAGCCUCUGCUGAUCUCGCAGAGAUUCGCUCACGAGAUGCUUAUGGUGACGAUUCUGAUGAUGAAGGUCUCGAUAACAUUACGUCUGAUACUCAAGAGGAGAACCCCUCCUGAUAAUUUGUGGAUCCCGCUGUUAUCUGACGC